AUGGCUCCGGAAUAUGUGUUAACUGGGGAGUACUCUGAAAAAUCUGAUGUCUAUAGUUUUGGUAUAAUGGUUCUCGAGAUUGUCAGUGGUCAAAGGAACAGACGCUUUCAUCAGUCACAAGAAAAUCUUCUAGUACAUGCAUGGAGGCUAUGGAAUGAAGAUCGGUCCUUUGAGUUAAUUGAGUCGACAUUGUAUCAUAGUUGUUCAAGAAAUGAAGUGAUAAGGUGCAUUCAAAUUGGAAUGCUCUGUGUUCAAAGCGAUGCAGCACGUAGGCCCACGACGGGAGCCAUGGUGCUCAUGCUGACUGGCUCUGUUGCCCUUCCGUUGCCAUCAACACCUGUGAUGUUUGGCUAUGAUACAGAUAUUGAUGUGACUCGAGUAGAGCUAAGUGAGCUUUAUCAAACCUCGACCAUGUCUGCCACCUCGUACACUCACAUUUAGCGAUAUCCUUUCCAAGGAUAACGUUAACACAAAAACACAAAUGUAAAACAAUUAUGAGUAACAUGAGACUACUUGACUAGUCUACCAAAAAUUUUUUUUUUUUUUUUAAUUCUGGUGUAGUUUUAUGGGAUUGUAUGUGGAUCAGUUCUCCUCGAGAUUGCCUAUUUCAAAACGUGAAGGCUAAAAAGGAAAAUGUUUGAGUAAUCUUUAGGUUUGUCAAUCCUCUUAGACACAUUAGAAUAUAAUAUUGAUAUGUAUGUAAUAAAUGAGGGGAGAAGUGAUAUAAAAAUAAUAUUUUAAUGUAUUUCUAACCAAUGAAAAUUUAAUAAUAAGAGGGUUGAUAACCCUUAGGGUCACUCAAUCAAUCUCCGCCUAAAAAUUAUAGGUUUAGCCAACCAUCAUUUUGUAUUUCAGGGAUAGGUUUAUUGUGAUAAGGGUAAGCUCCAGUGUUGCUGGCAGUAGUUCUUAGCUAAUAUGAUUUCAAGACAGUGAGACGUAUUUUCUUGUCCACUGGUAUUUGGAAGAGGACUUUUUUUCACAUAUUUUUUUUGCUAAUUAAGUCAGUAUUAUUAACAACCAAACAAUUACAACCAAACUUCCCUCAAGGGCAAACAAACCAACUAGGUUUGACUCUUUGACCCAAGAGGAAACACCAUAUUACAGACUCCAAAACCAAGUCUGAUCCACUCUAGACACUUUACUAGGCAUUACACUAGUGAUU